CGAAGCGCUCCUCCUCUGUCUUUGAUAUCGGCCCGCCUACCGAAAACAAGCGACCGCUCGCCAGUGCAGCCGCAAAGUAUCGCAAAGUUCCACGUGGAGUGCGCUGCGGGCGCGUUAAAAGCCGGCGUUCCGGGAGGCAGGAUGCGAAUGCGCUCAGAGGAGUGAUGCGCUACCAUGCGUACAGCCCCUGUCUGGUGAGCGCUCCUCAGCCCAAACGGCGCCGGGUUGACAUCGGCGUCAGGAGGACGCGACCGAGACAACCACAACCACAACAACAGCAGCAGCAGCGGCGGCAGCAGCGACAGCAUCUGGUAGACAGACCGGAGGGCAGCGGCAGCAGCAGUAGCAGCAGGAGGAGCAGCAGCAGCAGGAGAACAGCGGUGGAAGUGAGCCGGCUCGGCUCCCUGGACUCGGCUCUCCUCGGAGCGACGCGGCUCUUGCCCGCGGGCAUGAGCACGCGGAGCCCGCAGGGAGACGAGGAGCAUAGCGACCGCUUCGUGCUGCCCGGCGGCGGUGGCGGAGAGGGCACCACGGUGCUGCGGAAUCUGCUCAAGAAAGGAGCGGCGGCGGCAGCAGCGGCGGCUGCGUCGAGCGGCAUGUUCGAAGAGCCACCUCAGGCGCCGUCGUACGGCCAGGGUUCGCUUUACUCACAGCUGCUGCUGCACAACGGCGUGCCGCACAACGGCUUCAGCGCCAGACCCUCGAGCGCAAGCGUCGCGGGAGCGAGCGGAGUUGGUGGCGGCGUCGGUGGCUUCAGACCGCCCAGCGUGACCGAGUCCAACUCGGACGGCAAUCGCAGCGACUCGUCUGGCGACUCCUCGUGCCCGCGCGAGAGAGCCCCUCCGCCCGGCUGCUCCGCGCAGUCGGCAAACUCGGUGGGGUCGGGCAGCGGAGGCGGCGGCGGCGGCCACCACGGGCACGACCUCCAGGCCAAGCGGGCCCGCGUGGAGAACAUCAUCCGCAGCAUGAACGCGCGCAGCGGGGAUCCCGAGAGGGGUGACCGACCCACGAGCCCCCGAGGGAACAAACGCAAGCAGCGGCUGCCCCUGCAACAGGCGGGCGGGGAGGCAGAGGGGCAGCCCGCGGGUAACCCGGGAGUCGUUGGGGAGCAAGAAGAUCCUCGUCAUCAUCAUCAGCAGCAGCAGCUUCAUCAUCAUCUGCAAAAGUUGCAGCAGGGAGACGAGGAUGAGCACGAGGAUGAGCACGAGAAGGAGGAGAUGGACGACUCCGCGCUCUCGCAGUUGCCCGCGAGGCUGCAGGUGAAACGGGAGGAGCGACGGCGGCUCAAGCGGCAGCUGGAGGAGAUGCAGAGGCAGCUGCGACGCCUUCGACAGCAGUUCUCGUUCGCCUACGACGACAGCGAAGAGUCGGGGGAUGAUGAGGCGGCCGACGAGGCGGACAAGGGCGUGGGAGGUGCGGAGAGAGACAAAGACGGCGAGGAGAUGGAGGAGGAAGGACAAGGAUGUAGUGGUGGUGGUGGAGGAGCUGGUGGUGGUGGUUGUGGAGGAGGAGAGGGUGAUGACGACGUUGCAGAGGACAGCUGCUCUGAACGCGCGGGAAGCACCGGGGUCGCUGCGCGCUCCGUGGCCGAAUCGUCAGACAACGAGAUGAUGGAUGACUCGGAGACAGCCGCGAGCUACCGUCGGCAGCGACUGCAGGACGUCCCUCAUCCUCAUCUUCAUCAUCAGCAGCAGCUCCUCCAGCCAGAAGAUAUGGACGAAGACCUCGACGCACGCUACGACGACCACGACCACGACGACGACGACAUCUCGGCGCCCUUCGGCCGUCGGUCCAGCGUGAACGACGCCGACAAGGACCUUCAGGAGAUGCAGGUGGACGAGCAGCACGGUCAGCCCAUUGAGCAACAGCAGCAGCAGCAGCAGCAGCAACAGCAGCAACAGCAGCAGCAACAGCAACAGCCAGCACGGGUCCAUGCGGACAAGGAGCGCGGAGAGGAGCUGGCUCACGCCCUGAAACAUGAACUCUCCAGGGCAGUCGCGCACGUGGUGGACGUCGUGGUGAAGACCUUCUCGCCGCGUCCCGGGGUCCCGACCGGCGGGGCGAGUUCUUCCCCGUCAAUGAACGUCGUCGUGGCCGCAUCGACCUCCUCCUCGACAGCGCUCGCUGCCUUGACGGCGCGAGCGGUGGGACAUCACCACCCGCUGCGCCUUUCCGCGUUGUCCGGUACCAGCAGCAUCACCGCCACCACCGCCACCACCACCACAGCCAUCACCUCCAACAUCGCGAGCGGCAGCAAUAGCCACCCAACCAUCACGGCUAUCAACACGACCACCACCAACAGCACCGCCACCACCGCUGGCACCGCCGCCGUCAACAACACCAGCGCUACCGCCACGUCCGCUUUAACGACCUCGUUUUCAUCCUCAUCUUCAUCCUCCUCCUCCUCGUCUUCGUCGUCGUUGUCGUCGAACGGCGGAGAGGCGAGCAGAAGCGCGCUGCAGCGCGGCCUGACUCAGCCGUACGGCGGCGGUGGUUUCAGCGAGGCACUCAUGGGCAGCAGCAGCAGCAGAACGCGAGCACCGCUCACCUCCACGGACCAAACCGAGGCGUUGCCUCUCGUCGUGCGCAAGACCUCACCCCCUGCCGCUGCUGCUGCUGCUGCCACCGCUGCCGAACACCACCUCCACAACCUCCACAGCCACCACCACCACCUUCAGCAGCAGCAGCAGCAACAGCAGCACCACCACCACCUUCAGCAGCAGCACCAGCAACAACAACAGCACCACCACCAACAGCAGCAGCAACAACAUCAUCAGCAGCAGCAGCAUCAGGCUGCGGCGAUCUCCGCCAACCAGAUAGCGUUCCCGACUCACGGACUUGCGCUCGGCAUGCCGCCGCCACCGCACUUGGGACCGCACCUCGGUCUGCCCGGCCACCACCCGGCCCUGUCGCCGCACGCCUUGCCACACAUCCCACAGAUGGCGUACUUCUUGCACAGCAGCCUGGCCGCUGCCGCCGCGGCCGGCGUCGGCAUGGCCACGCGAGGCGACCAGCGGGUGUCGUCUGCCGAGCAGGUGGUGCUCUUAGAGGCGGCCGCAGCGGCGGUGGCACGCGAUCAGUCGGUGCGGCCACGUAGCAAGGUGUCGUCGCUGGGCCCUCUCCACCACCAUCACCACCACCACCACAACAAUAACAGCAACAACCCGCACCACCACCAUCACCAGCAGCAGCAGCACCACCACCACCAGCAACACCACCACCACCAGCAGCAGCAGCAUCAUCAUCACCUGCACGUGCCUGCUCAAGCGUUCGGCUCCCGCUCGUGUUCGCCGCCGACUCGCGGUCUGUCGCUGUCCAUGGUGAAGGCUGAGAGCGGAGAUCUUCCCGACACGCCGGACAUGUCGCCUUACUCCGCGGCCACGAUCCAGGAUGGGCUCACGCCCACGCACCUCAAGAAGGCGAAGCUCAUUUUCUUCUACACUCGCUACCCCAGCUCCAACAUGCUCAAGCUCUACUUUCCCGACGUCAAGUUCAACCGGUGCAUCACGUCGCAGCUGAUCAAGUGGUUCAGCAACUUCCGCGAGUUCUACUACAUCCAGAUGGAGAAGUUCGCUCGGCAGUCGCUGGCCGACGGCGUGUCCAACCCCGAGGAGCUGACGGUCACCCGCGACUCGGAGCUCUUCCGCGCGCUCAACCUCCACUACAACAAGGCCAAUGACUUUCAGGUUCCCGAGCGUUUCCUGGAGGUGGCGGAAAUCACCCUGCGCGAGUUUUUCUCCGCGAUCCAGGCAGGUAAGGACGUGGACCCGUCAUGGAAGAAGGCCAUCUACAAGGUGAUCUGCAAGCUGGACGCCGAGGUGCCCGAGGCUUUCCGCUCCCCCAGCUGCCUUCACGAGCUUCUGGGCGACUGAGACAACAUUCGCUUUUGUCGUCCGCGGAAAACAUCUCCACCGCGACCACCGCCACCACCACCACCGCCGCCGCCACCGCCACCUCGUAUUAUCUCCUAACGCGACCACCAACAGCCCGGCAAGCGGAGCCUCUUUUUGAUGACACGGAGGGGGAAGCUCUUCGUCGAAGCCGACGGAAGAUCGGAUGACGUUUGUGAAGGCCUCUGCAAGGUCGGCUUCGAGGGUGGGGGAGACUUUGGCCCCCACUGCGAGGCGGUUCCAGCACUACCGAUGGACUUGACUCCCGUUUGCGGGGGUUCUUGAUGAGAAUAGAUAUAAAUUAAGCAUUUCUUCGGGUUUGUUGUUACUCUACCACGCCCCCGCCACCCACCCUCCCACCCCCUCUUGCUGGGUGCGACCGAACCAUAUUUUCCCUGAAUACGAGUACUUAAAUCGGAGAGAGAGAGAGUGGGAAUUAUAGUGAUAAUAAUGAGUUAGCCGUCAUCACGUGGAUUAAAUAAAAUGUCCAAAUUCUGCAUCUUAAUCCAACUGCUCAAGCAUCAUUAAUCCUGCAGUCCCGCAUUGCAUCACGGGUCAGUUUUGAAUUUGCGAAUUUCCCUUUGAUUCCCCCCCCCACCCCUCCCACCCCGGCCACUUCAUUGUCGUUCAUUCCUACGCUCUCGCGGUGUCAAUUUCUGCAUCGACAAAAAAAAAGGUCGACGUUUCAAACUACGAUUGACGUCUGUCCACAGCAGUUUAUAUCUCUCUCGACAUACAUAAAGCAGCGGGGUUUUUUUUUUUACACAUUUGGUACUCAAUUAUGAAAAACAAAAAAAAACCCAAAAACAAAAACAAUGAUAAGAAAACAAAUAUAUUCCUACGUUCAUUGCGAAUGGGCCGUGCGCGUACACUCAGGCCGUGGCAAGGCCUGCGUGCAACAUUCGCCGGUUUUACGCUUCAGAGAGGCUUUCUCCGUACGUCGUACGCACAACAGGGGAAGAGCCGUUGAUUGGACGGAGGUCGUUUUUUUGUGCGUUCCUUUUAACCAACCGGUGAACCGAGGGACGAUUCAUGAAUCGAACCAGCCGUGUUCUUUGCGUUCACCUCCCGAGGGUGAAUGUGAGCGGCCGGGUUUUAGUUUGAGUCUCGAGUCAAGCCCACGACGCAACAAGCGCUCGCCGCCACCGUGCGUACGUCGCAGAGUCGGCGGGGACUUAGAAACCUGCGUCCGACAGGAAUUUUAUCCUUCUCAUCGACGCCCCCUGACCCCCACACAACCACCGCUAAUCUACGACGCGCUAAGCCCGUUAGCCACGUCCAUGUCAAUUGGCGUUCGCGAAGCUAGAGGUACAAAUGAAGCCAAGGUUUUGACUGCAUUACAAAAAUGGUGCUUUAUCCCAGGCGGCGUGCAGAGAGGGUUGGCCGGAACUUUGUGGAGUCGUACGACUUGAUCCAGGAGCUCUGCGAUGCUGGGCCAGGUCAACCCGUGCCUAUCGCCGUGAGCCACCGCUAACA